AUGAUAAAUAUUGGCAAUGCUAUUAAAAAGACACAUUUGCCUAAGAAAGAAAAAAAACGUGUCUCUAAAAUUUUGCUAAGUAAAAAUAGAAUAGAAAAUAAUAUUUUUUGUAGGAACAAUAAACUUGAAAAAGACCACCUAGAAAUAAAGAAUACAAAUAGAAAUAUAGAAUAUCAAUUUCAACCUGUAAAAACUAAUAAAACAUAUAGUAUUAAUAAAAAGGUUAUAAGUAAUAAAAUAAACAAUGAAGAGUUGUAUAUAAAAAAAGAAGGCCACGCAACCUUUCACAUGAAUACUGACAUAAGAGAAAAAGAUAUAAAUAAUAUAUUGAUGCAUUCUAAUGUUACUACAACAAAUUUUAACAGUGACCCUAUUACUAGUACCUCCCAAAAAUGCUCGUCUAAAAAAAGAAUAUGUAAACAUGCUCCUAUAAAUAAAAAAUUAGAUUCCAAUAAAGAAAAUUUCGAAUCAUAUACAAAUAAUGCACAAGGCGAUUUUGGAAACUUUCCCCGAUUUUUAAGAAAAUUUGAAAAAAUAAAAAGAAAUCCCCCAAUUGAACAUAGUAAUGUGCAUAAAAACGUAGGAAAAGGUAAAAAAAAUGAAAUUUAUAAGACCACCAAAAAUUAUGAAAGCUUACAAAAUAAUACCAAUAGAAAAAUUUAUCAAAAUUGUAAAAACCAUUAUAUAGGAGGCAUUUUUAAUAAAAUCGAAAAAUUAAAAAGGGAUAACUAUCCUAUUAUGGCACCAUCAAAUUUUAAAAAUAAAAAUAAAUUAAUCAGCAAUCAUUCAUUAAAAUAUGAAUAUACCAAGGAAUGGAAUGAGGAAGAAAAUAAAAAUAAUGAUAAUGCACAAGGGGAUGAAUUUAAAAAAGAAGAAAAAAAUAGUUCUAAUAAAGAUGCUUAUUCAAGAUAUAUAAAGAAAAAAAAAUGGAUUAAUUCAGAUACUAUUGAAAGAAUUAUAUCCAAAAAUAGCCAACCUGAUGAACAGGUAAAAAGAAAUCCAAACGAAAAUAUUCCCAAAAAUGAUAUUCCAAUAAUAGAAGUUUCACAAUGGAAAGUAUUUCCUGAUGUUAUAUCCCAAUUGGGUGCACCUCUCAUAGAAGCAUCUAAUUUUGAAGCACCAUUACACAAGCCAACAAAAUGUGCUGCUUCUUCCAACUUUUCAUACAAGUUAUCAGAAAAUUUUUCAGGCACACUUUCAACAAAAUUAGAAUGGGAUGAAAAUGAAAUUUUGAAAAAUGGGAAAACUAAGAAAAAAAAAAACGAAUUAGACGGGGUUGAAGAACAUGAUUAUACAAUUCGAAAUACCUCGAUCACACCUGCGUAUAAACAAUAUAAAAUAAUAAUCAUAAAAAGCAAUAACAUAGAAGUAGGGAACUACAUAAUAAUAAAAAAUAUAGGGAAAGGUACGUUUGGAAAGGUGUGUCUAGGAAUGCAUACAUAUACAUACGAAAUAGUUGCAAUAAAAAUAUUAAAUAAGAAAAAAUUAUUACGUAUAAUUAGUUAUGAUAAAAUAUUAAGGGAAAUAAAAAUCCAUAAAAAAAUAGAUCAUAAUCAUAUAUGUCGUUUUUAUGAAGUACAUGAAAAUAAAAAUAAUAUAUAUAUGAUAUUAGAAUAUUUAGGAAAUGGAGAUUUAUUAACAUAUAUAUGUAAAAAUAGUAAUAUAAAUGAAAACAUUGCGAAAAGGAUAUUAUACCAAUUAAUAAGUGCUAUAGAAUAUUUACAUAAAAUAAAUAUAGUACAUAGAGAUUUAAAACCAGAAAAUAUAUUACUGGAUCAUAAUAAUAAUAUUAAAUUAAUUGAUUUUGGUUUGUCAACAAUAUAUAGUAAAAAUAAUUUUUUACAAACAUCAUGUGGAUCCCCUUUUUAUACACCUCCAGAAAUACUGUUAGGAAAGAAAUACAAUCCUGAAUUAACAGAUGUCUGGUCUUUAGGUAUAAUCCUUUUUUUAUUACUCAAUAAAAAAUUGCCAUUUAAUCAUAAUGACAUAAAUAAAUUAUUUCAACAAAUUAUAAAAGGAUUAAUGCAAUUCGAACCCCAUGUGUCCAUAAACGCAAAAAACCUUAUUCAAAAUAUGCUCAAUGUAAAUUGUAAAAAUAGAUAUAAUUUAAAUCAGAUCAAAAAUCAUAUAUGGUUUUCUAACUAUAAUGCUAAAAAGGAUGUAUACUUAAAUUGUCAUCAAGUAUGCAAUUUAAUGGAUUGUAAUACUUGCAUAUAUAUACAUAUAAUUAAAACCAGUAAAUAUUAUAACAAUUUUUUAAUUAAUAGAAUAAAUAAAAUAUACAACAUAGAUAAAACUAUGAUAUUAAAAGAAUUAAAAAAUGAAGAACAAAAUUGUAUUAAAACAACAUACUAUCUUUUGCUGAACAAAAUGGUUAAGAUUUUAUCAAAAACUAAUUACUUAUAUUCGCAUUAUAUUUUUAUAAAAAAAGAAACAGAUUCAGAAAUCUUAAUUUCUGAUGAUGAUUCUCGAUCUAUUAGUUUAAAGGAUAAUCAUGGAUCCUCUAAUUUUACACCAUUUAAUAAUUUAGGAAUUUUCAAUUUUUUGGAUCUUUCAAAAAUUCAAAACCAUGCACCAAAAGAAUACCAUGCUAAUCGAAUGAAAAAUCGAAACAAUGGAAUUAGUGAAGAUAUAGAACAAAUUAAUACACACAAUUUAUUACUAUUGCAACGAAAAGAAAAGUAUAAUAUAUUUCAUAUAAAUAAAACACAAGUAUCAACAAAUUGUUACCAUUACAAACAACCAAAAUGUAGAUUAAUUAAAAAUCAAAGAAAAGACUCGUUAUUUUCUGACAAACGAGGUAGUAUCAACAAUCCUAAAAAAUGUAUCAUUAACCCUGAUAAAGUGCUUAAAGAAAAUAUAGAUAAAAAGAAAAUUAACAAAAUAUAA